UGCCUCUAUAAAGGGAGGCUUUGGUUAUCCGCUUCUACACCAGCUUGGGUCUCAAAACUUUCGAGAGAUGGCCGAGAUAGUCACGGUAAUUAUCAAGGUUGACCUGCAAUGCUGCACCUGCUCCAGGAAGAUCAAGAAAGCUCUGUGCGAGCUCCAAAAAUGGUUCAACAUCCAAUCAAUCGUCUUUGACGAGAAGAAGAACACCGUCACAGUAUCCGGCCCCUUCAACCCUGACUGCUUCAUCAAGGAGCUUCUCUGCCUCGCAUGCAAGGUGAUCAAAGGCGUCCAUAUCAAAGAGCCGGCAAAACCGCCGCCGCCACCGCCGCCGCCGCCGCCCGUGUGUGUUUGCCCGCCACCCGUGUGUGUUUGCCCGCCACCCGUGUGUGUUUGCCCGCCACACGUGUGUGUUUGCCGGCCCCCGGUGUGGCCCGUCUGCUGCAAACAGCCGUGCCCCUGCUUCGAUCCGCGCCAAGGGUGCCGCCGCUGCUGCACCUGCGGCUGGAUCUGCGACGUUCCGUCAUUGCCACCAUGGAGGCCCAAUCCAGUCCCGUUGCCGGAGGCCGUGGUGAGGCCGCCCAUGUGUGGUUUCCCGCCCACGGGGUGGCCCGUCUGCUGCAAACAGCCGUGCCCCUGCGUCGAUCCGCGCCAAGGGUGCCGCCGCUGCUGCACCUGCGGCUGGAUCUGCGACGUCCCGUCACCGCCACCAUGUAGGCCGUUCCCGGAGGCCGGGGUGAGGCCGCCCGUGUGUGUUUUCCCGCCCCAGGGGUGGCCCAACUGCUGUCGCCAACCGUGCCCCUGCUUCGAGCCACGCAGCGGGUGCCGCCGCUGCUGCUCCUGCGGCUGGGUCUGCGACGACCCCUCGCCGUCCGCUGCCUGCCGUCCCGGCUGCGAGGUUGGCGGCUGCAAGAUCAUCGUCGGGCAGGAGCCUUAUCAGUCCUGCUCUAUUAUGUAAUUUCCUAUACGUAUAGUUAUUAUCGUUGCAAGAUGUUAUUGGAUAACAGUAAUAGUUAACGGAUAAGAAGGUGGACUGAGGUAAACGUCAUGUGACUUCCUCUGUCAGUAAUGUACGUAAUAUAAUAUGUCAUGAUAUAUGUUUAUGCUGUUAUAUCUCA